CCUCCGCCUUAGCUGAUACUCAAGAUAAUUCUGGAAGUGGUACCACAACGACUGGAUCGGGUCUAUUAAUCAAAGUUCAAAGGCUGGGAACUUUGUCAUUUGACGAAGUAAGUAAGCUAAUAAAAAAAUCAUAAACCAGCAAAAGAAGGAGAUAAGAACAAUUGGACCAUACCACCCACAUCAUUUACACACUUUGAGGGUGAACUUUGGAAAUCAGUAUUGUCCCACUUGUGUGAUUAAGCCACAAUUCUUAGCACCAUCUUGAUUGAUUUAAUAUUUUUUAAACGGCAUUUCGGAAAAAUAUGUUAGAAAAAGAGCUUAAAAACACAUCAUUUUAAUUUUAACACUUUCAAUUGGCAUGAAUAAAAGCUAAUAAAUUAAAAGUAUCUACUUAUUGGCAUCAGCUGUUUAUAAAACAAAUCUCGAUUAGAGAUUUAUGUUAUCUUCGCUCUCUUAAAAUUGGUUAGUUGUUUACGCGUUAAAAACCGUACUCUUUAUUUCUGCGUACUCUUUCGGUCGCUUUCAAAUGUGAAAAAAAGAAUAUUAGGAAUUAGUCGUAGAUCAGCUGUUGUAGACGAAAGAGGUGCGGUUUCUGAAUCGCAUAGUGAUUUCAUAGAUACUUAAGAUAACACGCGGCUCCAUUCAUUUUUGGAUUUGAGAAACUUUUACAGACGGGCAAGGUUCAGCACGCCGUCGAUCGAUAUGGGAACUAUUUCUCUAAGCGAUUUCAAGGAGGUUAGAAUACCGGCACCUUGGGGUCCCAUCUCCGGACGUUGGUAUGGCAAUCGAACGGAGCGACCGAUCCUGGCGAUUCACGGAUGGCUGGACAAUCUGGGAACCUUCGAUCGGCUGAUUCCCCUACUUCCCGACUACGUGGGAGUGCUCUGCAUCGAUCUGCCCGGACAUGGAAGAUCCGCUCACGUUCAGCAGGGAAUGCACUAUGCCGUCGACGAUUACGUGUUAAUCAUCCCUCGAGUGAUGGAGGAGUACGGCUGGUCAAAGGUCUCACUGAUGGGUCACUCAAUGGGUGGCAUCAUUAGCUUCAUUUACACAGCAUUGGCACCACAUACAGUGGACAUGGUCAUCUCCCUGGACAUAUUGCUGUCCUUGACACUGGGCCCCAAAACGGUCCUGAAAGAUAUGGUCCAAAGCUUGGAAAAGCACCUUGUGGAAGAGGAUCGUCAGAAGGAGGGUAACUUGCACGAGCCUCCCUCCUACACUCUCGCACAGCUGUCCAAGGUCCUGUCCAAAGGAAGUUUAAACUCGGUUACCCCAGAGUUUGCAAAACACCUGCUUCACCGGCAGGUGAUGAAGUCGCAACUAUAUCCAGAUAGAUUUUACUUCUCCAGAGAUGGACGAGUUAAAUACCAUACCAAGGCAAUAAUGGAACCUGGAUAUUCUGAGGCGUUGGCCAACCGAAUCCAGAAAAAGCCCUACCUGAUCAUUAAAGGGUCAAAAUCUGACUUUUUGGGAGUUCAUACCGAGAAGGCAAUUGCUAUCUUGCGCCGAAACAAUCCGCACUUUCAGUUCUACGAGGUGGAGGGUACCCAUCACGUGCAUCUUCACGCCGCCGAGGAGUGUGCCCGUUACAUAGUGCCCUUCAUCCGACACCACCGACCUCCGGCUCUCACUUCGUGGUCCUUGAGUGGCAAGGAGCAGCAACUAAGUGCCGAGGAAAGGCGGCGAGAACAAGAAAGAUUCUUUAAAAGGGGCAAGAACGCAAAGAGCAAGCUGUGAUGUAAUUUAUAUAAACCACUAUGGUAUAAAAUGUAAAAUUCUAUACUAAUAAGAUAACUUCAUAGGAAUACCUAGAACCACACUUUUGUAUGGAUUUUGUAUGGAUGUUGAAAAACAAUUAUUACCUCAACAAUUUGUUUAAUGCUUAGUAAUUCAACUCAGGGAAAUAGCUAUUUUUAUUUUUAUUA